AUGCCCGGGGUUCCAUCAGGGCGCGGCUGCGACGCAUGCCGUAAGCAGAAGAAGAAGUGCGAUGUUGAUAAUUAUCCAUGCUCUCGAUGUCGUCGUCUAGACAUUCCAUGCAUCGGACUAGGACGACAACGGUACAAGUUCGUGACUCCUCAGACGGGUUCUCCAGAUACCUCCGUCUCUGCGCGAUGGGAGAGCAGAUCACCAACCCGACUAUCCGACUCUCGAAGCGACUCGUCAGCGAGCACAACUCUUUUUCGGAGUCUCUCCAACGACCACUCGUGGCGUGUCAGCGCUUUUGUAGACAAGAUCCAACCCUCCACAGGUGUCAGAUUCAACCUGGCCUGGACUUUCGGAGAUUAUCUCGUGGAUGUGCCUGCUCGGCUCGGCACGAAUGAUGCCCUGGACAAAGCUGCCGAUGCCGUUCUGGCGGCGAUGGAGAGGUUUUCAAGCCAUGGUUCCGACGUGGCUCCCGUUGUUCUCGAGAAGUAUAUCCGGGCUCUGACGGCGUUGAGAAUGUGCUUGGACGACCCGGUAGUAGCGAAGUCGAGCGAGACGCUCUGUGCCAUCCUUCUGCUGUUGACGUGUCAGACAUUCCUCUGGACUCCCGCGGGUGUCCGCACCACUCAUUCUGAAGGCGCAGCUCAGAUCCUCAGAAUGCGCAGGCGGCCUGGCAAUCGGGACCGUUUCGAGACAAAUUUGCUCCUGAGCCUUCGUGGGGUCGUGCUGUUUGAGUCUCUUUUCAAUGACCGCAUUGCGUUUUCCGAUCAAGAAUGGAUCGAGAUGUUCCAGACCAGCAACGACACACUGAGUCUGGAAGGCCGACUGGUCCAGUGCCUGACCCGGGCGCCGAAUCUGAUGCGCCGAGCUAAAGCCAUGCUUGCAAUGCCGGAUGGCUGCGGUCGCAGCCUCGUCGACCUCCAGCAUGAAGCCGGGCGUCUUCGCGACGAUCUGGAGCCACAUCUAUCCGGCCUUCGUGAACGGUGGCAUGCAGUUGCAGUUGCAGAACUUGACACCAUGUUCAAUUCUCAGCAGAGUAUUUGGGUCGCCCUGAGAGACUGCCACUAUCUCCGCUCGUACAGCCUCGGCUUGGCCAUUGCAAUUGUCGUCAACGAGAUCCAACUCGCCUUGUCCGAUGACCCGUCCCACAUUCUGGCGGAAUCGGAACAGUUUGCGACCGAGUUAGUCUGCCUGGGGCAAAUCGGUUGUCGAUAUCGACCUCUGGGCGCUUCUUCUCUGGGCAUGUGCCUAGUCGCCGCCGAGCUUGGAGCCAGCGAUCCUGACACGAAACUGGCCGCCCGGCAGCUGCGGUUAGAUUACCACUCCGACUUUCGUGGAAAGGACGCACAUGAUCUAUCCUCGAUGAAACUCAGGUUAACCUGCAGCCGUCACACAUCAAGACCUCGAGUAUUGCAAUAG